CAACCGGCUGCAGGCGCUCACGGCUUGAGCGAAGACGUACACCCCCCAACGCCGCACCGUGUCUUGCCGCCCCCGCCGAUAAUUAAGACCCGGAGAGCAGUUUCACGGUGGGCCAUGAAAAUGCGGCAGGGAUGGCUAGUGCUGCUGUUGGUCACGUACGUCGGCACGUCGCUGGUGCGCCAGGAGGACGAGCCGCAGGAGCCGGAGCCGGAGCAGAAGCCAGCCGCACGACGACACGACCAGCAGCACCAGCCAAAAAGCAGCACGUCGUGCAAAAAAUCCGAAUUUCAAUGCGGCGACGGCGGCCGACAGUGCGUUGGCUCGGAUAGGUACUGCAACGGCGUGCAGGACUGCGAGAACAAUGCGGACGAGCCGCAGGACUGCUCACUGUGCAAUCGAACGUACUUCGGCGAGGUCGGACGCACAUACGAAUUGGAAGUCAAACGUCCGGAAGAAUUACAGCUGCCGUUUCUCUGCUACUUGAACUUCACGGCGGCGGGCAAGUCGCUCGGCGAGCUGGUCCAACUGAGUUUCGAGUCGUUCUCGGUGGGCACGUUCGAGUCGUUCACGUCGGAGGGGUGUCCCGACGGCUACAUCUCCAUCGCCGAGGGGAAUCGCCCGCCGCAGGGCGGCAAGUGGUGCGGCAGCUCAUGGGGCUACACCGUCUACUACAGUGAGACGCCGAGCAUCAACCUCACGCUGCAUCUCGCGCGUCUGCCGCAACAGCAUCAGAACGGCUUCGAGUUCAAGCUGUCCUACAAGUUCCUGCGGCUGAGCGACGCGCGGAUUCGUUACGGCAAUGCGACGCAACGCUCCUACCGUGGAAAACUUCACGCCGGAUCGUACUGUGAUCGCCUGCUGGAGGGCUGCAGCAAGCGACCAUGCCGCAUCCAGUCGCCGAACUAUCCGGGCAUCUACCCCAGGAACCUGACCUGCAGCUACCGCGUACGCGAUAAGUCGGCGCCGCCGGAAAAACACGCGCUUAUCGCCGUCCGCCAGGCGCACUACAACCACAAGGACCAUCAGGUCACGAAGUUCGAUAACAGCGAUCGAGUUUUUCGGAUAUGGGAUCAGUGUAACGUGAUGCAAGAUUACAUCGAGAUUCUGGACGGCAGCGAGCAGAGCAGCCCGAUAUUGGCUCAUUUAUGUAGCGGCGAGACGGUGCCGGAAAUAAUUAGUUCCGGACCCGAGCUGCUGGUUAGAUUCCAUACGUCUCCUUUCGGCAACCCUUUUCACCCGCUGCCGCUCUCCUAUUUGCCCGGAUUCGAGCUGGAAGUACAGGUAUUCUACGUGAACAAAGCCUCGCCUACCUACAUCGAGCAAGGCAAAAAAUGCGAAUUCCUCGUUUCCACCUUUGAGAAUCCAUCGGGAAUUCUCGAAAGUCCAAUGCAUUCCCUGCCGCCGAACACCACCUGCCACUACCACUUCCGCGGGCAUCCCAAGGAGAUUGUCUGGAUCUCCUUCAUCAAAUACCACGUCACAGCCGACCGCAUUAGCGAGUACGACGGCGACUGCGACGUCCAGCUGCAGCUCUGGGACGGGGACAUCAAAACCAAGACGAAUGUCCCGCUGAUGGGGCAAUUCUGCAAGGACGACAAGCCGAAGCUGUGCGACCACUCCCUGCUGAGCAACUCCUCGCGCAAGACACGUCCCUGCGGCCUCAAGGAGAGCUACGUGUCGUCCGGUUCUGAUCUGACCGUGGCGCAGACCAUCCGCUACGGAAACGUGAUGUACCCGGUGAGUUUUGUGCUGCGGUACGAAUUUGUCGAUCUGUCACAAGAGGGUGCCCAGCUGACGUUGAAUCCCUGCGAUCGGAUCUUUACCAGUGCUUCCGGGAAAUUCUAUUCGCCAAGGAUUACGUUCCUCUAUGGACGUGGUGGGCAAAAAGCGCUGAAUUGCGCGUAUCACUUUGAAGGUGGAGAACGGAAACGCCUACUGAUUAAUUUCGAGCGGGUAGGCCUUGGCCAUAAGCAAUGUCACUCAUAUUUUGAUCCCGAGAGUGACCGCUGGAAGUGCUCGAAUGAUGAUCAUAUAGAUGGCAUAGCGCAGAUUCACGUCUCCGAGUAUCCAUGGCAAGGCGUCGAAAUCAAACGCGACUGUCUCUGUGGAAAUGUCAGUGAUACAUUGCACGUUCUAACGAAAACUGGACGCAAGGUUGUGGUGGAAUUUGUGAUCAGCGAUAUGAACAUCACGGAGGACUACAGGGAUUACUACUUCGACGCCACGUAUGAGUUUCAGGCGCAGGCCGAGCACGGAUGUGUCGAUCCAUGGAAAACUCGUCAGUUGAAGGGAUCCAGCGGGGAGAUCACGCUGAGAAACAGUGAUAGCUCCAAUCAAACCGUUGUAUACUGCACAAGCCAACCGUGGCUUAUAGAACCGGAAAACCCAUUCACGAAUUUCUUGUACUUGAAGAUCAAGGGCUUCGAAAUGAAAAACGACAGUUAUUGUGGGACACGUAAUCGUAUUCUGGUGCAUGCACCAGGAAGGACCACCUCAAUGAGGAUUAUAUGUCCGGAUGUCUUUGUCGGCAAUGUCGUGGAGCUCUUCUCAGAGGGUUGGGCAGUCUACAGUUACAAACACCUGCAAGCCAAACACGUGAGGAGUUUCAUCAUUGAAUUCCUUCAAAGGGAGCCGGGCAAUUUCGCUGUUAACUGGAUCGAGGUGUCGAAGAACCCCGCGUUGUCCUUGCAGACUACACUAUUCACGUUCACACCACCAAAUUGUCCUCAUAGUUGUCCUGAAUUGGGCGCCUGCAUAAGCCCGGAACUGUGGUGCGACGGGCUGCGGCAUUGUCCUUCCGGCAGCGACGAGCAGGAAGUGAAUUGUUCCAUGCACGCCGGUCUGCCACUGACGGUGCUCACCGCCGGUCUGAUGCUGAUCGGCGCGCUCACCGUCAUCAUUCUAGCGUCGGGCGCGUCGCUAUGCUUCUGGCGACAUCGGCGGCGCGAACAAAAGGACGUGAUAGUGUCGGUUACGGAGCACACGUUCCUUGAAUUCAAGAGCGGCUAUUGUUAGUGCUAUCGCGCGGCUAUGUGCAGCACGCGCAUUUCCCUUUUCUAGGCGUGGCGUGGAAAUAUCAGGGGGCGGCGGGGCUGCGACGUGAUUGUGAUUACCAUGUGAAAGGACAGACAGGAGCCUAGUUCUAAGUCGUAGCUGGGUAAGAAUUGUAUUUUUUCAGUUGAGAUCGGUUUGGUUAGGGAGAACUGUAGGCUCAUUCGCUCAACGUGUGCGCGGAUUUCCACAUUAACGCUCAAAGUAAUUCCAUGAUGAGAACAUACAAAUCGAGGCGCAUUUGUACAAUCAAAUACUUUACUGACUAAGAAGUAUAUAUCCUCAUUCAAUAUCCGAAAUGUAUUUAAGGAUGAUUAAUCAUGAUAAGUAAGAAAUAUGUCUAAGAUUAAGAUGCUAAAUUCGUAAGCGUUUCAAGUCAAGUACAAAGGUGUAACGGUACAGGUUCGGGGAAGAGUAAGUAGUAAAUGACGUUAACAAGUUUGCAAACUAUACUAAACUAUCAUUUCAGCCAUUCCCAACAGUUAGGUACACAUGCAUACACAUACACAUACUGACAAAAACUUUUAAAACUUCAUUUUGUUACCAAGAGCAUAAAUCUAGGAUAUUAUACCUGAUUAGGAUAUCUGAUUUCUAUAUACUGAAAUGUGAGCCGGCGUCAAUAGGGGUGCCAUAUACGAGGUGAUGUGAUUUGCUGGCACAUUAUUGCUCCGAAGUUGUAAUGAAUGCCUUUACAAAUUUUCGAAGACAAUUAUUUCCGUUCUUGCUGGUUCAAAUCAAUAAGGAUUCAUUAACUGAAAAACGCGAUGGACAAUGGUUUAUCACUGGAUCAUAAUCAAGCGGUAGGAACGGGCGAGGGCCGGAAGGAAUCAUGACUGACAAUAUAAAAAGUAAAACUACUGUAAUAACUUAAUUUCUAAGCUAAGGGCGUGCAUAGAGAUUAUUUUAGAGUUAAGUAUUUAUGACUUAAGAAUGUUUUUAUGGAACAUGUGGAAAUGAAAUAAACACGUAGAUUUUUCUUAAU